CACACUCGUGAAGAACGAAGCCGCGAGCGAAAACCUCGUUCGGCCGAGAAUCGGAAACGAGGCGAGGGGCUGUUCCAGUCGUUGUCGCUCGCAGCGGAAACGGGAGAUUGCCGCCGGUUCCGAGCGACAUCGCGAGAGCGGGAGGAGCUGUCGGAGAGCGUUUCGUUCCAGCGAAUCCAACCCUUACAGCUCUCGAAUCCCUGUCGUCAUCGUCCAUUUGCGUGCUCAAUUUCGCGCGUUUUUCUUGCUUCUUCUUUAGCCUGGUAAUGCUUCAAUGGAGUUCGCAGACAUUCCUUUUUCUUUUAAAUGGGUGUUGCAAAAGAACCGAAUUUGCAGAUAGUAAAGUGACUUGCAGUUGACGCUUCGUACUGGGCUAGCCAGAAGCCGAUCGAUUCGGUUCCCCGGUUCACAGGAUCAAUUCCGGUUCUGGGGUUGGGAACCCAUCAUUCCUACAGCGAGAUCCCUUCGCUAGUACCUGUCGCUCUGCCGAUUUGAAUCCGCUCAACUAAUUCGAUCGUGUUGUUUCAGUGACUGACGGAUAAUUAAAGCUUUUUGAUGGAGUGUGUGGUCCAAGGAAUCAUAGAGACUCAGCAUGUUGAGGCCCUUGAGAUUCUUCUGCAAGGUCUUUGUGGUGUUCAAAAAGAACGCUUGAGGAUCCAUGAGCUUUGCCUGAAAAGUGGUCCAAAUCUAGGUGCAGUACCCUCAGAACUUCGAAUAUUGUGUGAUCUUGAACAACCAGAACCUAGUUGGACUGUUCGGCAUGUUGGGGGCUCAAUGAGAGGUGCUGGUGCUGAACAGAUAUCAGUUCUUGUGAGACCCAUGGUAGAAAGCAAAGCGAGCAAGAAUGUGCUUCGUUUCUUUUAUGCUCUUGGCUACAAAUUGGACCACGAGCUGCUGAGAGUGGGAUUUGCCUUUCACUUCCAGAGGGGUGUUCAGAUUACUGUUACUGUGUCUUCAGUAAAUAAGAUGUUGAAACUACAUGCGACUGAUGAGGCUGUGCCGGUGACACCGGGUAUGCAGCUGGUUGAAGUAACUGCUCCUGCAACAUCAGAGAACUAUACUGAAGUAGUUGCAGCUGUGACUUCAUUUUGCGAACAUCUUGCUCCGCUCUUGCAUCUGUCAAAGCCGGGCAUCUCAACAGGGGUUGUUCCAACAGCAGCUGCUGCUGCUGCAUCUCUCAUGUCUGAUGGUGGUGGUACAACUUUAUAACAGGAUCAUGAAGCUGUAGAAGGUCGUCUUGUACUACAUGUUGCACCCAUAACUUCUUUGUUGUCGCAAUAUAGGUCCUUCCCAUGGUAUAUUGGUAGUUCUUCUGUUACUAACUUGUAGUGAUGAACCAACCAAGAAGUGAAAUGGCACUCUAUAGUGAAAUGACACUCUAUUCUC